AUGUUGAUUUACAGACCAUUGAUUUUCUUUUCGUUCUUUUUCUUCCCUUGCUUGCUCUUAGUUUCAGCUCAAUUUAAUAACGAAAUCGAUCUAUCUUGGGGUGGUGAUCGUGCUAAAUUCAUUGACAAUGGAAAUCUUUUACAACUUUCCCUUGAUCAAAUAUCUGGUGCAGGAUUCCAAACAAAAAAUGAAUAUUUAUUUGGCAAAAUAGAUAUGCAAAUCAAAGUUGUACCGGGUAAUUCCGCCGGCACAGUCACCGCUUACUACUUGUCUUCGUCAGGGAGUACACAUGACGAGAUAGAUUUCGAGUUUCUUGGGAAUGUUAGUGGAGAGCCUUAUAUUCUUCAUACAAAUAUUUAUACACAAGGGAAGGGUGAACGUGAACAGCAGUUCUAUCUUUGGUUUGAUCCCAGACUAGACUUCCAUACUUACUCGAUUCUCUGGAAUGAACAUCAGAUAAUCUUCUCAGUAGAUGGCACACCCAUCAGGGUUUUCAGAAAUGCUGAACAUUUAGGAGUUCCCUACCCAAAAUCCCAACCUAUGCGUCUUUACUCAAGUCUUUGGUGUGCUGACAACUGGGCAACAAAAGGUGGAAUUGUUAAGACUGACUGGAGUCGAGCCCCAUUCGUCGCUUCGUAUCGAGCUUUUAAAACAGAUGCAUGCACGUACUCAGCCGGAAAGUCAUCGUGUUCUUUGCCAUUGGUGAAAGGAAGAUGGUGGAAUCAUCAAGCGCUCAGCAAUGGGCAUCUAAGGAAACUGCAAUGGGUACAAAGAAAUUACAUGAUUUAUAAUUACUGCACUGAUUAUAAGCGAUUCCCUCAAGGAGUACCACCUGAAUGCAAGCUAAAUAAUUAA